AUGCAAACGGAAGCAAACUCGCCGACGUUACUCGAUUCAUUAAAAUGUCCAAUUACUCAUGAAUUAUUUCGUGAUCCUGUUAUUGGUUCUGAUGGUCAUACAUAUGAACGAAAAAAUAUUACAGCAUGGAUUCAAAAACAUGCUGCAAGUCCAAUCACACGUGAAUCGAUGGCUUUAAAUUCAUUAAGGCCAAAUUAUAUUGUAAAAAAGAUGGUCGACGAAUUUUUAUCAUUGUCAUCACAAAAAAAUUAUCAUUUUCGUCUUGAUAUUGAUGUAUGUAAAACUAAACAACGACCAAUGUUUCAAAGCCCGAGUAAAACAAUUUAUGAAGCAAAAUGGAUGUUAAAACAUGGACCACCUAUCGUACUAAUUAAAAUCGAUGGAGCUAGAGCAAAAUGUGAAGCUAGCUUUUAUGUACAACUUAGUUGUCAUCCACAUAUUGUUCGAACUUAUGGAUUAGUUGAUAAUGAUUUACCAAAUAGUAUUAUGUUGGUUCAAGAAUAUGCACCUGAAGGUGAUCUUAGGCAAUUAUUACGCAGUGAUAAUUUUCAGCCGACUUUUGAAGUUUUGCUUGAAAUUUUUUGGCAAAUUGUUGAUGCUAUGAUUUGUUUAGCUGAUAAUCAAAUAGUUCACGGUGAUCUAGCAUGUCGUAAUGUACUUGUUUUUCGAUCGAGUUCUAAUCAAUCUACAGAAAUAUUAGUUAAACUAACUGAUUUUGGACUUACUCGAGCUAGUCCACUUUUCUCAGUAUUUGAGUCAUCAACAUCAUCUACAAUGACAAUGAUUCCAGUUCGUUAUGCUGCACCUGAAAUACUCUAUGACAUAUCUUCGGCUUGUUAUUCGGAAAAGUCAGAUGUUUAUUCUUUUGGUGUUCUUAUGUGGGAGACAUGUUCAGGAGGUGCAAUUCCUUAUGGAGAUUUAAAAACAACUGAUAAUGUGUAUCAGCAAAGAUUAAAAGGAAAAUUACUUGAACGACCAUGUAUGUGUUCUAAUGAACUGUGGAAUAUUAUUGAAAAUUGUACACAACAAGAAUCGAAUAAAAGACCUAAUUUCAAAGCUAUUCAAGAAGAUUUACUCAGAUUACGAUUUCAAAAUAAACGAGAGUCUUUUAAUAAAAUAUCUUUCGUACAAGUCAAUGAUACUUCUCAAAAAGUAACGAAAAAAAUUUUACCAACGAAUAAUCUUCCAGAAAGAACUGGUUAUCAAUACUAUAAUUCUGAGUCAUUUUCUAAAAACAGUGCCUGUGAGAGAUCAACGAGUGUUGGUUUUUACCGUAAUUUAGACAAUUCUUCAAGAGAAAAUCGAUUCUCAGAUUCAACUGAUGCAAAUAAGUCAUUAUGUGAAUAUUAUACGCCGUGUGAAUACUGUAUACAAUCGAUAAAUAUCGAUGAUAUCGAUAGACAUACAGAAGUGUGCAGUGUACGACGUCUGGUUAAAUCGUUUGCGAAAGCUGCUGCUAAACUACCACCUUUAGAAAUAACAUCAUGUCCAAAUUGUGAAAAUAUGAUUCCCUUAAAUAUGUUUCAUAUUCAUCAGAACACUUGUGAUAAAAGGUCGACUUACCUAUAUAAUAUGUCUCAGGUUCCUUCACAACAACCAUCAACAGAGAGUUAUGGAACUUUCAAUUAUUUAAAACCUGUACCACUUCCAUAUUCACAGACUCAAGAAAAUUUUUAUGAGAAUAUGGCAAGAAGAAAUGAACAAACACGAAAUCCAACGUCAACAAUUGACACACAAUCCGAAGUAUCAAAUCGAUCUUCGACUCAGCAUGAACCUAUGGCUGUACAAUCGAUCAAAGCACCAAAGUCUGGUCUUCGUAAAGUUCUUUCGAAGUUCAAACGCAAAAGUUCGCCGUAA